AUGAUACCACGUAUCCACUUUCAAAUAAUCUGAUGCCAAACUCGGUAGCUUUAUCAUCACCUCCCUUCACCAUCUACCACUAACAAAUAUCGAUUCACAUACGCGCAAAUCCUAUCGAAGGAACAAACCCAAGUCAACAACCCAACCCUAAUCGUCGUUUCCGAUCUGAUCCUUUCCCAGGUUGUUUUCUUUCACCCUCGGAUCCUCUCCCUUAGCCUAUUUCUCAAUCAAAGUUUCGAUCUUUUUUAAUUUUCUGUGAAUCUCUUUUGGAAGGGAAUAGUCCCACCCAUUUUUGGGUCUUUUAGUUGAAAAUAUUGAGAAUUGUAAAAGUUCAAAAUGAGUCGUGCCCAGGAUGCAAACCGAUCAUUCUUCCCUUUUGGAAAUCCUUUUAGGAUGAUAUCCCCGAAAGGCAUUAAAAUUUCUUCUCAGCUUUUGUUAGUAUUACAAGCUUUCGAAGCAACUUUGGAAGAGAGGCUGAAAAGGCUUAUUCCCGAGAGCAAGGAUGAGAUCCUUAGUUUGUCUUGGAUGACUCUGGCGAUGCAGGUACUCUGCGAGAGUCACAGUGACAUUAAAACCCUCACUGCAGAGCUUGAGCUUCCUGUUAAUGAUUGGGAUGUGAAAUGGAUAGAUGUGUACUUUGACAUUAGCAUGAAGUUGCUGGAUAUAUGCAAUGCAUUCAGCUCUGAAUUAUCACGAAUGAGUCAGGGUCAACUCUUACUUCAGUGUGCGUUGCAUAAUUUAGGUUCCUCCUCUUCAGAGCAGUAUCAUCGGGCAUGUUCUUCACUUGAUGGUUGGAAGAAACAUAUGGGUUCAGGAAACCCCAGGAUUGAGAAAUGUGGAGGCAUUUUGGAUGGUCUUCUGGGGUCACUUGAUCUUCCUAAGGUUAAAAAGUCUGCAAAAGGGAAGGUUUUGGUGCAAGCUAUGUACGGAAUCAAGGUUCUCACAGUAUUUGUAUGCAGUGUGUUUGCUGCAGCCUUUUCAGGGUCUACAAAGAAUAUGUUCGACUUGGACGUGGCCGAUAUAUAUUCUUGGGCUUCGACCUUUAAAAGGUUGCAAAAUCUUGUAAAUGAGGAAAUUAGAGUUAGAUUUUCGUGUGGAAGAUUUGCUGUAUUGAAUGAGUUGGAAUCUGUUGAUUCCUCUUUAAAGGAAUUGUAUCCUAUUAUGCAGAGUGCUGUAGAUCCCACUGAGAUGAAAUUGCUUCCGGAUGUUGUUGGGCAAUUAGGUAGAUCAACGACGAAUCUUUCACAGGGACUAGAUCUUCUUGCAAAGGAAGUUGAUAGCUUUUUCCAAGUGGUCUUGACUGGUCGUGAUGCCUUGCUAUCAAAUCUGAGGUCGGGUGCUACUGUCAUUCACAGCAAUCUCGGGGUAACGGAAAUGCAGAGAUAGUCAAUUGAAUGUGUUCCAAACUAACUCUGGUACACACAGAUGGAUCUAGGUUUUUGGUUUUCUGUUUUAUGAUUGACGGUGCUCAAUCAUGUCUAACUUAUUGUAUGGAAGUUAGAAUGAUUAGUAGGUUUUAUGUCUGUGUUAUUGUUCUUAAAUGUAUAUUUGUGAUGUUCUAUGUAAUGUUAAAUAACUAAGUGUAUAUGAAGAAGUUAUUUGUGCUCAUAGAAGUUUGUAAUUUGCUGCCCUUUAAUUCUUUCUCUUCAUUUGUUAAUGAAAUCCGUGUAAUUUAAGAAGCUUAAAA